CCCAAAUAUGGCGGCUUCGAAUCAACAAGAAGGCAAGAAGCGCUCAAAAAGUUGGGUAAAACUAAAUGUUGGCGGCACGCAUUUCUUGACCACAAAGACCACGUUAAGUAGAGAUCCUAAGUCAUUUCUUUCGAGGCUUAUCAUGGAAGAUCCCGAGCUUCCGACCGAUAAAGACGAACAGGGAGCUUAUAUGAUCGAUAGAGACCCGAGAUAUUUUGGACCAAUUUUAAAUUAUCUCCGGCAUGGUAAACUCAUCAUAGACACAGGCUUGUCAGAUGAAGGAGUUUUAGAGGAAGCAGAAUUUUAUAAUAUUACAGAACUUAUACACUUAGUCAAAGAUAAAAUUAGACAAGUUCAUCAAAAAACUCAGAAGUCAUCGACAAAGCAUGUGUACAGGGUAAUUCAAUACCAUGAGGAUGAACUAACGCAGAUGGUUUCGUCGUUACCAGAUGGGUGGAGAUUUGAACAGUUAAUUAGUGUUGGUAGCAAUUACCAGUAUGGUGCUGAAGACCAGGCAGAGUUCCUGUGUGUCGUCUCUCGAGAUAUCACAGACUCUGAGGAGCAAGUGGCGGCAGCCCAAAGUGAGAGAGCGAAGGCUUUACAAGAACGUGGCUCACGUCCCUCACGAAUGUGAAAAAUGGAUUAACAUGGUAUACAAUUAAAUGUUAAAGGCCUACCAACAUUGUUUCAAAUAUGGAAGGGCCUUCAAUUGGCUGCUGGUCGGCUACUCGAGUCUACUUGUCUGUGAUACAUUUGGGAUAUAUUUACUAAACACUUGUUCAACAAACAUGUUAUUUCAAAGAUCUUAUGCACUUCGACAGAACACAGGAGAUAUUACUAUAUAUGCUGAGCUUAACAUCAUCCUGCCUCCUUUUUCAUGGUGAUUAAGGUGUCAAUUGGGGACCUUCGUUUUAACAUGCUAAAUUUAACACACAUAGUAAGUCACACCUUGGAAUGGUGUCUCUGUACAGUGUCAAGGCAGAGUCCAAAUUGACUGAUAGAAAUGCUUUGAAACACCAAUGAGAAAAUAUUAAUCACUAAUUAAAUCUUACUGGUAGACUGUCACUUGAAGCUGAUCUUUUUUGAGAAGGAAACAAUGGCAGCCUGUUCUUUCUUGUUACCCACUUUAAUUUAUGAAACUGCCAACAACUGUAAAUAACUGGGCAACAUUUAUGAAUAUGUAAACUAUAGAUAGCUAAUUUUAUCUAAGAAGAAAUAAACCAUUUAAAAUGUA